AUGCUCGCCACGGCUAACAACUCCCUGAUCGCAGGCCGCACUACUAUAUUCUCGCCGGAAGGCCGGCUCUAUCAAAUUGAAUAUGCGAUGGAGGCCAUCUCGCAUGCCGGUACCGUCCUGGGCGUCCUGGCGAAAGACGGCGUCGUCCUCGCGGCGGAGAAGAAAGUCACGGGCAAGCUCCUGGAUCUGACAGGCGCGAAGGAGGGCGGGUACGGGGGCAGUGGGGAGAAGAUCUUCUUGCUCAACUCGAAUGUAAUCGGGGGUGUAGCAGGCCUGACGGCCGAUGCGAACUCGCUGAUCAACCACGCGCGGACGAUCGCACAGCGGCAUCUGCUAACGUACAACGAAGACAUCCCGGUCGAGAUACUCACGGAGAGGUUGUGCGAUAUGAAGCAGGGCUAUACGCAGUUCGGUGGUCUCCGCCCAUUCGGCGUAUCCCUCCUGUACGCGGGCUACGACCCGCAAUAUGAGUUCCAGCUCUACCACUCCGACCCCUCGGGCAACUACUCCGGGUGGAAGGCCACCUGCAUCGGCGCGAACAACGGCACCGCACAAAGUCUGCUGAAGCAGGAGUACAAAGACGAUAUCGAGGUGAAGGAUGCGAUCGGCCUGGUGCUGAGGGUGAUGAGCAAGACGAUGGACAGCACGACGCUGGGGAGCGAGAAGUUGGAAUUCGCGGUGCUCACGCUCGACCCCGAGACCAAGAAGCCCAAAGCAAAGAUAUACCGACCAUCAGAGAUCGAUGCGCUCCUACAGUCUGAGGGCUUGAAGAAGGAGGAUGAAGAGAUGAAGCCCUAG